UUAUUUACAUGUGUAGCUUUGGCUCAAAAUAGUUUGGUCGACUUAUGCAGUAAUUACUCAAAUUCAUCGAAAUUGGUCAAAUUUACAUUCUACAAGAAAUCGUGCAAUCUGACGAGUAAAACAUGAAUCGUUACCAUUCCCUUCUGAGUGUUUCUUUGUACUUAUUCCUUCAUAUCGUGGUUCAAGGAUACUGGAAAAGUCCAGAAGACGGUCCAACAUGCAAGGUAAACACGUGCAGAGAAAAUGAUCCUGUUUGCGAAUGUUCCCUAACAAUAGAACACAGACUGACUAUGAUGUCAUUGAAAGAUCCUAUAAUGCUCGUGCCUUCCAAAGGCAGGCUUCGGCGAUAUGAUAACAUUUCCUAUCUACCUGAUUCAGUGGUUGCUGACGUUAUUACGACAGAUGGCUAUCAGUCCCGGCUUGUCAUCGCUAUUAACGAUAGGUUUCCAGGACCAACCAUAGAAGCUUUUGAAGGUCAAAGAAUGAUAAUCCAUGUAAGAAAUCUAAUGCAUACUGAUUCAACAACUGUACACUGGCAUGGUAUGCAUCAACGAGGCACCCCGCAUUCAGAUGGUGUUGCCUUCAUAAGUCAAUGUCCAAUUUUGCCAGGACAUAUGUUUACUUAUAAAUUCACAGCCAGUCCCCACGGGAGCAGCUUUUACCAUGCACAUAUUGGAGACCAGCGUAGUAUGGGAUUAUACGGAGGACUGAUUAUUUACCCAAGACACAAAUUUUAUCCACAACCACAAAUUGGCUUCACGGUUCUUCUACAGGACUGGAACCACAAUGAUCAACCGGAAUCAUUAUAUCAGCGUAUGCUUAAUGGUGUGUACAAGUUUAAUGGUAUGGCACCAAUAUUAGUAAGUACCACUCAGUCUGUGGACGGUGCUAAUUUCAGUCGAUUUCAUUUCCAAUCUGGGCUCAUAAAUGGCAAAGGGAGGUUCUGGUUCUGGUCACAGGCACAGAAUACCAUGGACCAUAAUGGUGCCCCGCUUGAAGUUUUUAAGGUCAAACCACAGCAAACGUACAGAUUCCGAGUAAUAAAUGCUGCUACGCUUUAUCCUUUCCGUGUUUUUGUACAAGAUCAUCCAGAACUUACAGUCGUGGCAUCUGACGGUUUUGAAAUUGUCAAAGGAACUGGAAAGGAUAGUCAAGCAAUCGUCGUUGAAUCAUUCAUUAUUCAUCCUGGGGAGAGGUAUGAUUUUUUCCUGUACACAGGAAAGGCCAUAAACUCAUAUUUGUUGGUAGCUGAAAGCAUAGAAGUAAUACCUGUCCUUUAUGAUUAUCAUGCUGCAGAAGCAAUUAUUCAAUAUGAAGGCUCAUCAACGUCCUAUAUUUCAUUUAGAGCUAAUAAUCAAGAAUACUGUACCAGUAUGAAACCGUGUAUAACAUUCAAUUGUCCCUACAAAUACUACCCAUCCAAUCUAAAUAGACAAUGCCUUACUUACGAUGAAGCUAAUAGUAAUGAACCAAACUCGACUAGUGACGAAGUAGCUACUGUUUCGGAGACAUUGUUUUUCAAUUUUGCUUUUCCUGGCGAGCCGGGAAAUACCCCCGGAUCAGUUAAUGGACAUGCGUUUGUACCUCCUCUAGCCCCAAUACUCACAGAGCCAAGUAAUAAUCUGCGAACUGUCUGCAAUACCUCACUUUGCCAAUUUGAUUCAAUUUGUGCUUGCACAUAUUCCGUCAAUCUUGAAUUUGGAAAGGUGUAUCAAUUUGUUCUUACAAACAUUGGCAGUGGGCGCGGAUGGUCUCAUCCAGUUCAUCUUCAUGGUCAUUAUUUCUUUGUCUACAAAAUGGGAUUCGGUGAAUACAAUGAAAAUACGGCGAAAUUUAUAUCUGAAACAGAUGACAUUGAAUGCGAGAAAUCUAACACAACUAAUUAUUGCAAUUCUGCUAAAUGGCGGAAUGAAACAUGGAAUAGUUACAUACCAGGCUCUAAAACCAGCUACCCUCCAGAGAAGGACACAAUAAUAAUUCCAACAGGUGGAUACGUGGUUAUUCGAUUUAAAGCGAAUAACCCUGGCGCCUGGUUCUUCCAUUGUCAUAUUGAUCUUCAUAAUACCAAUGGCAUGGGAAUGGUUCUACUCGAGUCGCCUUCUAGGUAUCCUCAAACUCCUGAUCGGUUCCAAAAAUGUGGGGACUACAGUCAAAAUGGAAAUCCAUCCAACGGAUCACGCUAUUUGAUGAAUAAACUCUUCCUGUUGUUUGCUAUGCUUGGUGGUUUUUGGUGCAAGAUGCUGAUCCAGAAUAGCGGAUAAAAAUCAAACAAAGAAGAAGAAUGUCUGAUCUUAAACUUUUUUUUAAACUGUACGUUAAAUAAUUUAACGUUGAUUAUUCAACACUUUUAUGUUGUUUACUUUUGAGGUGUUAUUUUUGUAGACUAUUUUUAAAGAUUAAACUUGAUUACUUGCGAUAUAAUUAUAGUUUUCAUUGUUGAAUAUUUUGCAGUAAAUGUAUUAUAUGUUUUAUUGUACCCCAUGUACCAAUAUUUUGGUUUGGGAGAAUAAAUUCAACUUGAACUUGAGCAGAUAUGGACAAUUAAUAUUUUCAUUUAAAUAUUUGUCUACUGUGUAAAUAUAAUUUUUCAUUGUUUAAUA